AUGUUCAUUGCACCAGAACAGACCUGGCACAGACUGAGCAAAGUUUCCAGCUGGCAGUCCAGUGAGCGCUCUAAUCCUGCCCCAUGGGCAGAGCUGGAGGCUGACAGCAUCAUCUUGACAGUGCCUUCAAGUGAUGUGCGACACCUGGACGACCCCACACCAUUACUGACCCUCUGGAACAGCAUCAUGGAGGGGGUCUCCAAACUGGCUGCUGGCCCCUCCCCUUUUCCACGCCCCGAGCGCAUCGUCGCAGAUGUUCAGAUAUCUGCAGGAUGGAUGCAUGCAGGGUACCCUGUUAUGCUUCAUCUGGAAUCUGUGAAAGAAAUAGCCCAGCUUACGUACAUGAGAUCUGAAGGCAUGUGGGGUCCCAUCCAUGAGCUGGGACACAACCAGCAGAGGAAGAUGUGGGAAUUCCCUCCACAUACCACAGAAGCCACCAAUAACCUGUGGUCUGUCUACAUUCAUGAGACAGUAUUAAACAUCCCCAGAUACAAAGCACAUCCUGCUCUCAAGCCAGAAGCUCGUAAAGUGACGAUAAAAGAGUAUGUUGUGGGUGGAGCAAACUUAAAAGACUGGACACUCUGGACAUGUUUGGAGACCUACUUGCAGCUUCAGGAAGGCUUUGGUUGGGACGCUUUCAUCAAGGUCUUCUCUGACUACAAGGUGAUGCCCCACAGUGAGAUGAAGAAGGAGGAGAAGAUGAAUCUGUGGGCAGAAAAAUUUUCUCAGAAGGUGAAGAAAAACCUGAUGCCUUUCUUUAAGGCCUGGGGCUGGCCCAUCGAGGACCAGGUGGCCAAGAAAGUAUCAUCUUUACCAACAUGGGACAAAAAUCCCAUGAUAAGUUACCUUUAAGUUCUAGUGACAACCAUUCCGUUUUUCAUUUAGUGUUUAAUGAAUCCAUUAGGUGGUUUAAAAUUACAUUAUAUCCAGACUCAUGUGACAGAUAAUGAAGAUUAUGGAAACCCUGUAGGGCAAAACACACCAGCCACCAAUAUAAAAACAAGCCAGCAAAUACAGAAACACACUAAAAAAAUAAGAAAACAUGUCAGCAAAUACAAAAGCAUGCUGUUAAAUAAAAUACAUCAGCACAUAAGAAAACACACCAUGAAAUACAAAAAUACAUCAGUAAAUAACAAAAUACACCAGCAAAUAAGAAAACAUGCCAGCUAAUAUGAAAACAUACCAGCGAAUGGGAAAACAUACCAGGAAAUGAGAAAAUGCUACAACAUUAGCAGAACUGAAAUCAUAAAGGGUAUGUACCUCCUGAUCGUCACGUGCUUGUGAAUGAUUGGACAGGGAGCCUGUCAAUUGGCAUCCCAUUGUCUUAUAGGAGUAGGCAUCUUUAAGUACCAGCAUUGGGUUGCACCAGCUAAGCAUAAGUUCGAUCAUAAAGUUGGGUGUAAAGUGUAGCUUAAAUCAUAUGUUGAAGCUAGCUAGUUUUAAACUAGCACCAUGUUCUUUGUCAGUUGCACUACUGCCACUUAAGUUACAUCAUAGAUAGUAGCUACUAAAUAAAAAUCUUGUCGCACAGAAUGAUGUUUUGACCUUGGACAGCCAAUCAGUAUCAUUAUCUGAUAUUACUGUAACCAACUCACUGCUCCACAUGUUUGUUGAGUUUGGAUGAUACAUACAGUAGCUACUGAUUUGUUUUCUCUGUAUUUGCAAGUAGUAUUUCAACCACAGCUGUAAUAAAACUAGUAAUGCACCAUAAGAACUGUGUUCACUGGGUAGCUUACUAAAUAUAGUUAGGGAUGCAACGUAUCACAAAACUCACUGUUCGGCUUGUAUCAUGGUAUUUGAGUCAUGGACCGGACCAUUUAAUGAAUUAGCAAAAAAAGGAGACAAAUUUAACUUUGCUUUCCAAUUAUUACUCAAACAACUUAAAGAAAAUUCAAAGCAAAGAACUUGUAACACAUGCCCCUUUAACAUGAACACACAACUGUAUUGUCUGUAUGAGUUCAUUGUAACUCUGCCCCAGAACUUAUUUUUCUUGUCAUCUUAACAUAGCCAAAGUUGUUCUCUUGAAAUCACAAAAGAAAAGUUAUCUUGGGAAAAUACAAGUUGUAAUUACAAACACGAACAGCAUUUGUCAAGAGAAAGUUUAUAUUAUGAUUUAGUCAUACAUUAUAGCUUAACGUGGCGCAACUGAUUAUUACUUAGUAGUUUGUAAACUCGAACACAGGGGCAGUUUACGUCCACCAUAGACUACGGUCAAACUUGCACUUAAAAGGUGAAACCCAAUGCAUUAACCUUGUGUUAUGAAUCCGGGCAGCUCGGAUCCAUAACACCUUGUAAGUUUCCAUAUCCAUGCAGAAAGAGUGAUCAAUAUUCAAUCCUGCAUGGUACUUUACUUGUGGAAAUGUUACAUAUAAAAGCGGGAGACAAAGAGGUUCCAGUAAACAAAAUAGUGAGAAUAUGGCGUGUCAGGCUGUUGUUCUGUUUGAAUAAGAAUUUUCUGGAACUUGAAAAAUAAAGCAGCAAGGGCCGACAAAUAAUGACCACUUCAUUCGUGGUCUCAUUUGGAAGUUUGUUUCAUAUUGUGCCUUUAAAUACAGGUCAGUAAGAAAUAUCUUAAAUCACGAUCCCUUUAUUUACGUGCAUCAUAAGAACUCAGUGAAAUUCUUGUGCCACAGUUACAGGGGAGGGAACAGGUGCAUGAGGAACUAUAGGACAAAACAGUAUAAACAGCAGUGCAAUAACAGAUGGGACAGUGCAAUAUGAAGAGUGGAACAAUUAUUCAGAAUGCAUAAGUUUGUGCAGGUUAGGCAAAGUACAAAGCCCUUUGAUAAAAGUGCAAACAAAUAUGUAAACAGUACACCCAAAUGUGUGAACUUCUCUCUCAAGGAAAGAGGUUCUCCUGGGAGUAGCGAUUGUUUUGUAGGAGUGGUGGAUUUAGUGAGUAAUUAUAGGAACACAACAGCAAAUAAAUCGUUCUGCAAUUUACCUAUAAAACACAUUGACCUAUGUCCGAUCAAUCGAGAUUUGUUGUAAUGAUAACGAAAACAGGCACAGCACCGUAACAUUACCCUUAUAGCCCAGAACAAAGUAAAGGCUUGCACAUGUCUGGUUGCACAUAUUGAAUCAUGUAAUGGCCAUUACAUGAUUAAAUUAAGAUCAUUAUAAUAUAUAAUAAUAAAUGAUUAGUAAGCAAGUAAUUUUUACUGCACUUACAUGUGAAUACACCAAAAUAUUUAGUUCACUUCGGAAUCAGUCAUGACGUUUGAAAACCAUAUAAUUCAUGAUAUUCUCAUAACCUAGAGCGAGAGGCUCACGUCCAUCAAAGUCUUUCAAUUUCAGUCUGUACAGUCACAUCUAAUGACACUUGUUUUGUCUUUGAAUCUUUUGCUUGCAUCUGGUACCUAAAGAAGCACCUUUUGAUUAACUGGUUAUGGCUGUUGGCUGAUUUACAGGCUCCCUGUCCAAUCAGUAACAAGCAUGUGAUGAUCAGUAGGUAUAUGCCCUUUCUGUCUUCAGUGCUGCUAAUUUUGUAGUGUUUUCGUAUUUGCUGGUGUGUUUUUCCAUUUGCUACAUGUUUUCGUAUUUGCUGGCGUAUUUUCAUAUUUACUGGAGUGUUUUCUCAUGUGCUGGUGUGUUUUUGUACUUGCUGGCGUGUUUUGUCCUUCAGGACUUCUAUAGUAGUUAGCUCCAUUUAUGGGUACAUUCCCAACAAAGGACCAAAUUACACAGUAAUGCAUGUUUUUCUGUGACACUGUAUCUGUCUGGAAUGGGUAAUGGGUGGUUUUUAUGACAAUAACUGCUUUGUACCCAGUUUAAAAAGCAACUGCGGCAGGGACUGUUUAGACCUCACUGAAAGUGAUGACAUGUAAACUACAGAAGUAGGUGCUUGCUCUGGGACAGAUAAAAUUAUGGAGAGUGAAAAUGAAUAUAAUAGGGAGACAUUGAGCUCUGGCACUUCACUGUCAUCCACUGUGUAGUCUUAGAUUUAUUAUUGUAACCAUAGAAUUGUCUUGUAACCAUAUCUUUGAAUGUUAUGUUUUGUUUAAUAAUUAUCAAAGUAGUACACAGGUCUCCUAAUCCUGGAAUGUUACUGUAAACACAAGUUCCCAGGUCUCCUAAGACCACUGACAGUAUCAAUAUGCUGUGUACUGUCCCAGUAAUUUCAUUAAA